GCAGGAAGGCCGGCGCCGCGCCGCAGCCUCGCCCGGAGCGGGGAGGGAGCUUGGCCCGCCGUCCUCGCUGGAGGGGUGCCCCCACCCAGGCACCUACAGAGGACACGUGUCAGUACGUUGUCGUCUCAUCCCGUGUCACAGCCCCUCCCCCAGGCCUGGGAUUCCCCGGUCCGCCCGGCCUAUUAUCCCCAGGCCCAACCCUCCGCGCUGACCCGGGAUCCGGGCCGGGUCCCUCUCCUCAACCGGCGCGUCUCCCUGGGCAGGGAGCGGCCCGGCGCCCGCCGAAGACACCCCCCAGCACGUUCUCACCCCUGUCAUCUCGUCCCUCUGCCUAGCCCGCCCCACGCCUGGGAACCCCGGCCCCCUCUGGCCCAUUGUCCCCGGGCCCAGCCCCGCGCUGACCGCAGGCUCAGCCCCAUCCCCUGUCCGACGCGUCUCCCGCGGCAACGCGCCGCGACCCGGGAUGCAGCCCGCGAGCUGGGCGGCGGUCAGGGAGGCGGCGGGCCGUGACGUGCUGGCCGCCGACCUCCGCUGCAGCUUCUUCGCCUCGGCCCUGCAGAGCUACAAGCGCGACUCCGUGCUGCGGCCCUUCCCCGCGUCCUAUGCCCGCCACGACUGCAAGGACUUUGAGGCCCUGCUUGCAGAUGCUAGCAAGUUACCCAACCUGAACGAACUGCUUCAGUCCUCCGGAGACAAAGACAAAUGGGCCUGGGACCUGGUGAGCUGGAUUUUGUCCUCAAAGGUCCUGACAAUUCACAGUGCAGGGAAGUCAAAGUUUGAAAAGAUCCAGAAGCUGACUGGUGCCCCUCACACGCCUGUCCCCGUACCGGACUUCCUGUUUGAAAUCGAGUACUCUGACCCAGCCAACGCCAAAUUUUAUGAGACCAAAGGAGAACGAGAUCUAAUCUACGCCUUCCACGGGAGCCGCCUAGAAAACUUCCAUUCCAUCAUCCACAAUGGCCUGCACUGCCACCUGAACAAGACAUCCUUGUUUGGGGAAGGGACCUACCUCACCAGUGACUUGAGCCUGGCCCUCAUUUAUAGCCCCCAUGGCCACGGGUGGCAGCGCAGCCUCCUCGGCCCCAUCCUUAGCUGCGUGGCCGUGUGCGAGGUCAUUGACCAUCCAGACGUCAAGUGCCAAACGAAGAAGAAGGAUUCCAAGGAGAUAGACCGCAGGAGAGCGAGAAUCAAGCACAGUGAAGGGGGCGACAUCCCUCCCAAGUACUUUGUAGUCACCAACAACCAGCUCCUGCGAGUCAAGUACCUGCUGGUGUACGCACAGAAGCAGCCCAAGAGCAGGGCUUCAAGCCAGCUCUCCUGGGUUUCCAGCCAUUGGUUUACGGUCAUGAUAUCCCUGUAUCUGCUGCUGCUGCUCAUAGGCCAAAGGAGAAGGUCCUGCUGCAUUUAAAAACAAAGUGUCCAAGCUGUCAGUGGGAUGUUUACAAUCGCUUCUGGCGGACGUUGGCCCUUUCUCUAAUGCCUUCUGGAAGGCGGAAAAUGUGUAGUGGGGACUAUAAAUCACUAGGCAGUUGCCUUGUUUUGACUUGAGACACCCAAGAGGAACAGUCAUGUUUCUCAUAAAAAUCGGUGGGAUCGUUUUGAAUUCCUUCAGGCUUUGUAUGUGAGUGCAAAACACUUUUCACAGUUUUCUCAAAUCAACAAACAGCGUUCUGCUGCAGCUGUAACCCCUCCGCCCCAAUCACGGAUGAGAAAGGAAGGAGUCCGAGACCUGAAGAAAAAAUACGAACUUAACAAUGAGCAACUCAAGUCGUCUUUUUCUAAAAAUUACCAACUGCUGAUGACAGCUGAAACGGAACCAAAUGUUUGUUUUCUGAUUUUUUUUUUAUAUAUAUAGCUAUUUGACAAAUUCGUCUUUGCGAGCUGAGUAAAAGGGGAAAUUUCUAAACCUAGAGCACCAUUUGGCCAAUGUCCGUGGCCUCUUUCCUAGCUGUAUUUUAGAGAAAAGGACUUGAGCUGCAGGCCUGCCUCCUGCUCUCGUUCUCACGAAGCUGCCUUGAUCGCGGCCUGUCGGCCACAGUGCCACACUGCAGGCCUUCUCCUCUGGGCGGCGGCCUUUGAGAUACAGGCCUCCCUUAGUGUGCCACAGAUGUGUGUGGCCUGAGCCUCCCUCACAGGGGUCACAGGGCUCUGGGACUCAGCCUGGGCUUUAGAUGUGCAGGAAAAGCCUCUGACUGCCCAGAGAGGGCGGUUCCACCUGCUGUAUCCUCUGCCCCUCCUUCCUGCCCCGUGUCAGCCCUCACAGAGCCCUGUCUGAUUUAGGGGGGAGAUUUCUGUAGAGAAGGUGGAAAGUCAUAUUUCUAUAAUUUGUAAAGUUGCGAAAAAGCCACUGUCGUGGUUUUUACAUUGAAUAUUGGAACAUUUCAAAAAUAAUAAAGGUAUUUUCCUAAUUUCCAA